AUGAUACCUGCCAUGAUUGUGCGCAAUGUCACCAAGAAUCUUGUCCUUGUGGCCAUAAUUAUCUCAUUUGCACCCAUCUCAACAUUUCUCCUAGCCGCCAAUUAUUUCUAUCUUUGUUGCUUUCCCCGUUCUUCUGUUCGCCGCCGUCUGAGAAAGACCCCAGGGUUUGAACCCAAAACCAUCCUGCUAAGCGGUAUCAACACUCCCCAAGGUUUAUGUUUGGCAAGGGCCUUUUAUGACACCGGCCACAAUGUUAUAGGCGUGGACGGUGAACCUGGCGGUAUUCCCGUUCCUCCUCGCUUCUCCAAGACCGUACACAAAUUUUACGUGCUGAACAUGACUUUGGCCGAUGGGAUGACAAAUGAGUAUGUCAGACGCUUGACGGAAACCAUCGAAAACGAGGGCGUGGACUUGUGGGUAAACUGUGCCACUGGUGCCAACCCCUCCCUCGAAGCCCAAGUCAAGGCAAAAAUUGAGCAAACAACAAAGUGCCGUUGUUUUGCUCUCAGCCCUGAUAACGCUUCUCGCUUUACCACUCGUGAGACCUUCCUCUCGUACAUGCACAGCCUUGGGCUCCCAGUCCCAGAAGUGCACCAGGUCAGAUCACGGGAUGAACUGCACAAAGUGCUAAACAAAUCCCUUGGUCGACGAAAGUACUUACUUCAUGCUCCGAAAGAACCAAAUCAUUGCCGGGCGAGGACUCCUUUACCAAGGCGUACGCUCAGCCAGACUUACAACUUGGUAUCACGGAUUGAUAUCAGUCAGAGCUCACCUUGGAGACUGGAGCAAGACACUGGAGAAUUGGAGAAAUACUCAACCUUUGGAAUCAUCGUCCAUGGACAAGUCAAAGCCUUCGCAGCCAGCUUCUCAACCGCGGACUCAUCCAUCCACCUGCUUGAUCCGCAAUCGGCCUUGAGCCAAUCCAUGCUUCGGUUCGUUUCUUCAUUCGCAGAGAGCCAGGGCUCCGGCUUCAGCAUUCAUCUCGGCAUUGAUUUCUGCGUUGAGGAUUGGGUGACGGUAACUGGGGUUGUGAAAACAAUUCUACCAGUAGAGAUUUCUAACCAGGCCCACAAAAACACCUUACUAUUUCAAGGUAUGUCGGGAUCGGUUCAACUGACACGGGCAUAUCUUGCAUGUCUGCAGCCAGUCGGUUCGCUAGGCAAGAAGGAGGAAGGCCUCACGUCAUUACAUCCACACCACGAUGCACUGGAGGAUCCAUUCAUGCCAGAGUCCAAGAUUGUCAGCGUGUACAACUUCGGCGAACUGGUGUCUCGAUUGGCAGUUGGGCCUCUAACAGGACUGCUCACGUUGAGGAAUACGCCGAAGGCCUUUUCGAGGAAUUUAGUCCUGCUGGUCAAUCGUCUCUUUCUUUGGACAGAUGACUCAUACAGCAUAAACGAUCCUGUGCCUUUCUGGUGGCACUACCAGGUGUAUGUCCCAUUUGGAAUCAUCAAGAACAUCGUCAGGGGACAACUUGCCUCUUGCCGUCUUGAUGGCUAG